AUGAAAUGAGAUUGUUCUAGAAUACUUCGACAGUUAUACAUUGAAUGUGGAUUUGCUGCAACAUUUGUUGAAGGUGUUUGAAAAAACUUGAAGUUUUUGGAGCCAAGGCUCCUUUUUUAGUGUUUAUCCGUGGAAAUUUGCAAAUUAUAACAAUAUGACACCUAUUCUUUUGUCAUUAGUAAUCGUUGUUCUAUUGUUAAUCUAUUUGAAUACUUUCCGACUGCCAAAGAAUUUCCCUCCAGGACCGAAAAACUUUCCGAUAUGGGGCGGUUACUACCAAGUACUGUGGGAGAACCUAAACCUGCCCUACAGAACGUUCCACGCGAUGGCCAAGCGCUACAAGACGAACGUGGUUGGCCUGUUUUUGGGCAACUUCAAGGUGGUUGUCGCCUGUGACCUGGACACUUGUCGCGAGGUCCUGCUCAAACCUGAGUUUCAAGGUCGUGUAGACGCGUUUGUGCCGCGACUACGGGGUGAUGGAGAUCUGUUAGGCAUAAUCUUCUCGGAAGGUCCCCUAUGGCAAGAACAGCGCCGAUUUAUGCUGAGAAAUAUGCGCGAUUUUGGUUUCGGAAAGAGGUCGGAUUCUUUGGAACACGAUCUGCAAGAGGAAGUGCAAGAUCUGAUCGACUUAAUAAGGAAAGGAAAUACGGAGGUGUGCAAAGACCGGAUCGCCCAGAUCCCAGAGCUGCUAUACGCGAUUAACGCGAACAUGGCAAUCCAGAUCUACUCGGGGGAUCGGAAGCCACUGGCCGAGGCGCACGAGUUCGGCUUUGUGAUGGCGGAGCAGGCCAAAGUCAUUGAUGCCACCACAGGGGCACUCAACAUCACGCCCUGGAUGCGUCAUUUCUUCCCAAAACAAGUUGGCUACACUGUCACUAAGCACGCUACAAAGUAUGCUAAACGAUUUGUCGAUAGUCUGAUAUCCAAUCACAAGGAAAAAUUGAGUGACGAGACGUCCAAUGAUUUCAUAGACAGAUACAUUCACGAAAUGAACAAUAGAAUCUAUAGAGGCGACGAGUAUAAUUCAUUCUCAGAGAGACAACUGCAAGUGAUUGGCUUGGAUAUGCUGUUUGCUGCCUCGACAACAAUCCCCUUCAUGACGGCAUUCAUCCUCCUGCUGCUUACAAAAUACAAGGAAGUGCAGAGAAAAUGCCAGGAGGAAAUCGACCAAGUGGUAGGACAAGGGAGAUUGCCUACACUGCAGGACCGUCAGUUCUUGCCUUACUGCGAAGCGACCAUCAGAGAAGCGAUGAGAUAUCAGACUUUAGCACCACUGGGUGUUCCUCAUAAAGCAUUGGAGGAUACAACACUGGGUGGAUAUUUCAUUCCAAAAGGAACCAUGGUUUUAACAAGCUUGUACAGUGCACACAGAGAUGAGAAGGUUUGGGAUGAACCAGACAAGUUUAUGCCAGAGAGAUUCAUUGACAGCGAUGGAAAAAUUAUCAGGAAAGACAUGACUGUACCUUUUGGACUGGGAAAGCGAGUGUGUGCAGGGGAGACGUUUGCCAGACAAAACAUAUUUGUUCAGAUGACGGGGCUGUUGCAAAACUUCGACCUUGACAUGCCCGCUCAGUGUAGGCUGCCCGAUUUGAGUGAGAACGUGUCGGGGAUCAGUGAGUCCCCCAAACCCUUCCAACUCAAGUUCACCGAUAGAUUGUACAACAAGAAAAUUUGAUGACAAACUCUCAACUUUGAUACAUUCACUACCUUGACUAUAUUAAGUUUACUUAUAGAUUGUACAAGAAGAAAAUUUGAAGAUUUUAAACUUUGAUAUAUUCUCUAUCCUACCUUGACUAGCUAUAUUUUUGAUAUUAGGGCAGAAGGCCUACAUGCGAUUGUUAUGAUCCAUGAUUCAACUGGAAAGACAUUUUUGAUAAUACCGAAUAUCUUGAAUAUUGCAAUUUUUUUAGAUAUCGGUAUUGUAUUUGCUUUUGCUUCAUUUUUCAUCUAAUAAAUACUAUUAUUAGUAUUUACAAUAAAUUUUAGAUUAUAUAACUUACACAUUCACCUACUAAAUACAGUAAAAUUGUAUAAUUAAUUAAAUGCGGUUUAUGAAUAGAAUUUGUUAUUUUCCG